CAAUUGCCGGUUAUCGGCAGUACUUUCCUCAUGUUGUGACAGCGUGAGGAAAGUGCAGCCGAUAACUGGCAAUAGCAUUUACCAGUGAUCUGCAGUGUCAUUGGAAACAGCUGAUCACGUGAGCAGGGAUCGGCACCGAUCAUCAGGGCACUGAUGAUCACUGGUCUGAUGAUUAGUGCCCAGCAGUGCAACCGACCAGUUCCGCCCACCUGUGCCCAGCAGUUCGCCCACCUCUGCUCAGCAGUGCACCCACCUGUGCAUAGCAGU